AUGCUCGCUCAUACCAUUCACCUCAUCGGUGUCACAAAGGCUGUAGGAGAUCAUAUAAAAACCCUGGACUUGCAAAUGAGAGAUGCUGUAGCGCUCAUCCCGGACCACGUCGAUGGCCAGUGGGUGUGCAACGCGUUAAAUCAGGCCUAUCCUGCUGACAAUGGAUUUUUGGACGAUUUCCAGACCGUCGGAUUCACUGUGAAGGCCCUCGUGAAUGAUAGCGACCAAUUCGAUCAAAAUUCGUCCCUGCUGUUCCGGCUUCGGCAAAGGGGUGCAUGGACCAAUCUGAGUGCAAUCACGGCGCUUCGACAUGCUUUCGACAAGUGGUAUGAUACGUUUGCCUCCAUCGAGGGAGCUUCCAAUGCUUUCGCCAGCAACGUUGAUAUUUCUCAUGCCAAGGACCAUGUCAUGUCCGAUGCGUAUGGAAAUUCCGACAUGUGUCAUCUUUUAAAAGGUCUCGAGAGGGAUCGUUACCCAUUCAACAUGAAGUUCAUGGCGUCUGUUCCGGUCACAUACAAGGAGUGCAUGGAAAACCGUUUCGAGACAACUAAGAAAAUGCUUCAGACAGUUGUGGAGGCGUUCUGUGAGAACGAAAAGGCCCCUGAAACCAUUUCUAUCCAGAAAGGUUUCUCACUGACGCAAUUUAGGAUAACCUAUAUCUCGUUCUUAUCUCCAUUUAUCUUCAAUAUAUCACGUUGCGCACCACGUGGAGAGGGAGCAGAAUGUCAUCUGAGAGAGGUCUUUCCAGACGAUGGCAUGGUAGACAACGCGUGCACCUUGGAUUCGCUGUCUGUCUUAGCACGACAUCAAGUCUAG